AGAAAAAGAUGGACGUUGGACGAUUUUGAUAUUGGCAGACCAUUAGGCAAAGGGAAAUUUGGUAGCGUGUACUUAGCAAGAGAAAAACAGAGUAAAUACAUUGUUGCGUUAAAGGUUCUAUUUAAAUCUCAACUACAAAAGGCAAAUGUUGAGCACCAGCUAAGACGCGAGAUUGAAAUUCAAUCUCAUUUGCGCCAUCCUAAUAUUCUACGAUUGUAUGGGUAUUUUUACGAUACGAGCCGUGUGUACCUUAUACUUGAGUUUGCACCAGGUGGAGAACUGUACAAAGAAUUGCAACGGCAGAAAGUAUUUGAUGAACCAAGAGCUGCUAAAUUUAUUGCACAACUCUCCGAUGCAUUGAGGUACUGUCACACAAAAAAGGUCAUUCACAGAGAUAUAAAGCCUGAAAACUUAUUACUCGGUAUAAAGGGUGAUCUUAAGAUUGCUGAUUUCGGUUGGUCUGUUCAUGCUCCAUCAUCAAGGCGAACUACACUAUGUGGAACGCUGGAUUACCUACCUCCUGAAAUGAUCAUCGGUGAUGAACACGACGAUAAGGUUGAUUUAUGGAGCUUGGGCAUAUUAUGCUAUGAAUUUCUUGUUGGUUGCCCACCAUUCGAGACUAAAACUCAUGAAGAUACUUAUAAAAGAAUUAUCAAGGUUGAUUUAAAGUUUCCAGAGAACAAACUGAGUCCUGAGGCUAUGGAUUUAAUCAGAAAGCUUCUAUGUCGUAAACCCUCUGAAAGAUUAUCACUUGAUGGCGUAAUGUCACACCCCUGGAUCGUAAAACAUGUUCAAAAUGAUGCAAAAAAUUAA